UUCGGCGGCCACAAAUUUGAUCGGUAAGCCCCGAGCUGAGAAUUUGGAGGGUAUGCGACCGCGAUGGCACGAUACUGACGCGACAUGAAGCCGGAGGUGGUGCUGGAAUGAUGGAGGCACUCGCGUGUCAUCCUCUCGAUACGAUCAAAGUCCGCAUGCAACUGUCAAGACGAGCUCGCGCUCCAGGAGCAAAGAAGCGCGGGUUUAUUACGACCGGAACCGAGAUCGUGAAGAGGGAGACAGCAUUAGGCCUAUAUAAGGGAUUAGGCGCCGUUCUCACAGGCAUCGUUCCGAAGAUGGCCAUACGAUUCACGAGUUAUGAGUGGUAUAAGCAGCUGUUAGCAGACAAAGAGGGCAAUGUCGCGUCAAAGUCUACGUUUAUGGCUGGCCUUGCCGCUGGUGUCACGGAGGCCGUUCUCGUAGUCACACCCAUGGAGGUUGUCAAGAUCCGUCUUCAAGCGCAGCACCACUCAAUGGCCGAUCCGCUCGAUAUACCCAAGUACCGAAAUGCCGCGCAUGCCAUGUAUACUGUCGUGAAGGAAGAAGGCGCAGGCGCAUUAUGGCGUGGUGUCUCGCUCACAGCGUUGCGCCAGGGAACAAACCAAGCAGCAAACUUCACUGCGUACUCGGAACUCAGGGCACAGUUACAGAAGUACCAUGGUACAACAGAUUUGCCGGGCUACGAGACGAGUUUGAUCGGUCUGAUUAGUGGUGCUGUUGGUCCGUUUACGAACGCGCCGAUCGACACGAUCAAAACGAGGUUGCAGAAGACGCCCGCGGAGGCAGGUCAAACUGCUAUUCAGAGGAUAGUGAACAUCGGAAACGACAUGUGGAAGCAGGAAGGUAUCCGCAGUUUCUACAAAGGUAUCACACCGCGUGUGAUGCGAGUAGCCCCCGGCCAAGCUGUCACAUUUACCGUGUACGAGUAUCUGAAGGGCGUGUUGGAGAAAGGUAGAGAGAUGCUCCCUGGUGGGGCAUAUGAGGAGUGAGCUACCAUUGCGUUUUCCAGUCUGUUGGAGAGCGCUCUUCGAUGAGCAUACAUUGUUUUCCAAGCAUAUUGAAGCCUGUAAUUUCUGUGAUAUACAACGACAUUUGAAUUUUAGAAACGCCAGCUCAGGAACCAGACUAUAUGAUAGAAGCAGGGCUGCCAAGGUGCAUCGGCCGUCCAGCCCACCUGCCCCACUAUAGUACAGCAUCACCGCUGGUUCGACGUCAGUGUAAACGUACAAAU